UUACCAAAAGAACCCAUCCCAUGAUCGGAAAGAUAUCGGAGCUCCUCGUCGGUGUCAACCGAUCCACGGCUGCUCCUUUCUUCGAUGUCUUGAUGACGAGCCCUAAAAGCCCACUUGAUUUCAAGAUUCUCCCUCAGAUAUCUCAAAGAAACAGCUCAAAGAGAUUCUACGAUGACAAUCUUGGUGGCUCUGUUGGUCUAGGGAUUGUAGCCGCGCUCGAGAACUCAAACACUCGUCGAAUCACGAGCGUUUGUAGAUCGGAACAGAACCAACCCGGCCGGUCUGAUCCGGUUCAGUUCAUGAACCAUGGUGGAAGCACGGACAGAGAAGACGAGGAGAUGUUCAUAAUGGACGAGGAAGAUUACACGUUGGUGACAUGUCACCAUGGGCCUAGUGGAUCUUGUAGUACAAGGAUUUAUGACAAAGAUGGAUUUGAAUGUUUCUCAAGUAAGAUCAACGAUGAUCGUCGGGAAAGACUGUUCGUGGUCGAUGUCGUUACGGAAUCUCCAGAGAAUUCGCCAGAGUUUCAGGGUUUAGGUUUCCUCAAUUCAUGUUACUUGUGCAGGAAGAAACUUCAUGGUGAAGACAUAUUUAUUUACAGAGGAGAAAAAGCGUUUUGCAGCACAGAGUGUCGAUCAAGUCAUAUAGCAAAUGAAGAAAGGAAAGAGAGCUGUAGAUCAAAAUUCUCAACCUCUCCUUACACCGCCGGCCAAAUUUUCUCCACCGGAGUUCUAGUGACUUAGCCGGAGUUCUUUCUACUGAUGAGUUUAUAUAAAUAUGGGGGAUCGGG